GUCUCGAUGGGACAGCGGCGUGCGCCACACCGAGAGUCGCUUGUCCGUGCGCCUUUCAAAUUUUUCAUUUAAAAAACGCUCUCCAACCAAACACGCAUGCACAAAUUUCCGUGUAUGUGUGUGUAUGUGUUACUCUUUCUAUGUGUGUGCCAAAAAAAAAAAUUCGUUUCCAAUUUAAUUGUGUUUUAAUUUCAGUGUGGUUUUUUUUAUUUUUUGUGUUAUAAUUUGAAUGUGAAUUGAAAAAAAAAAUAGAGGAAAAAAAAAUAAAAUACUAGAUGAACGUGAAUAAAGUGAGUGACAUUUGGAAAUCACAAAAUGGAUAAAAUAGAGCUAUUGGGAGGUGCUUGCUUUAGCCAUGGUCCAUACACGUUUUAUAAAGCAGUGCGGAUAGAAAAUGGUCGUGUUCUUCGACUAGGAAGUUUUUUCUUGACAAAACUUUGGAGCGACGCCGAUCUCGUCAGCAUCGGUGAACUUCAAUUACUUUGGCUUGACAGCCGGGGGCCAAACACACCCCUCGCCUCAUUGCGGCUCUACUUCCUGCCGGAAAACACCCCUGACGGACGAAGGGACACGCACGGAGAGGAUGAAGUGCUGACGAUAUCGGAGAAGGUUGUCGUUCGUGUUCACGACCUUGUGACUUGGUUGGCACCUUCGUUAGAAUGGUCUUGGGGAAGGGAAGUGUCGUAUCCACCAACUCCAUUGAGUUCACCCGAAAACACACCGACAAAUCACGAUGUUGGUCAACCUCAAGUUUUGACGGAUCCAGGUAUCGAUUUCACGGACGUUGACAAACAACAACAGGAAUAUGAGAGCAAUCACAAUCCAAUAAAACAAUUUGAUGCCAGUUUACAAACAAAAGUUAUUGUACUCUCAUAUCCGAGAUAUUGUCGAUAUCGAUCGCUUCUUCGAAGGCUCGAAGGAUCGGAACCUUCUUGGCUAUGGACAUCGAUAGCGGCAGCGGUGGGCGGUUUCACCGCUACGCCUGGUACAAGGAUCCUUUUUUGCAGAGAUACCUUCGACUAUCCUGACCUUGAAACACACGAACUACUUUGCAAUCACUUAGCUCCGAAAUUAAAAGGGAGGCCUCGAAGAAAACGGAAAAAGCGGAGUGUCUCACCAGGUGAAUCCAGCAAUGAAAGUGAAGCAUCGGUUGCUUCGUCUGUAGUUGCAUCGACGUCCAAAGUCUCUUCCUCAAACUCCUUGAUCAGUAGAUCAUCUUCCUCGGGAGUUCGUCGUAGCGAACGGAAAAUGAGCGUCGAGGAAAAAAAGUUUUUGUCAGACGUCGACAAAUUCAUGAAUUCACGAGGCACACCUGUAGGAAAGAUGCCCUUAUUGGGCUAUAGGCAAAUUGAUCUAUUCCUUUUUUAUACAAAAGUACAAACAUUGGGUGGUUAUGACUCUGUGAGUGCUGGCCGUCUUUGGAAGUCCAUUUAUGAUGAUAUUGGUGGUAAUACUGCGUCUACAAGCGCUGCAACAAUUACAAGAAGGCAUUAUGAAAGGUUAUUGUUGCCUUACGAAAGAUAUCAAAGGGGCGAGGAGUCAAAAAUCAGGCCAGCUCAUGGGAGGCGAACGAAAACAAGUAGUUCGUCAGAGGAGGCAAUCGAAGUGAAAGAUGAGCCUGAGGAUUCAUAUUCACGAGAGCCGUCACCUCCUAGUGGAACACCUAAUUCCACGACUGUCACUCCUUCAUUGCAGUCGAUUUUGUCGACAUCGGCUCUUCUACCUGGUGAGAAGCCGCGAAUGGAGAGUGGGAAGACGUCAUCGUUACGAAGUGUGAGAGUGAAGCCUGAUAGAUUAAAAUCUCUAAAUACAAUAAUUGCUAAUGCGCCGUCUGCCAGCCAACUGCCAAGUCCACCACCUUCCUCGACCACGUCGUCGUCAACUCCAAAUAGUACGCCGUCGACGACGCCAACCGGUGGCAGUCAAAGUGUUUUAGAGAGGCAGCUCAAUAGUCCGUUAAUGUCUCAACAAGUGCCGCCACCGAGUUCACCGCCCGGUCUACCUGUCAGCGCUGUCACGUCGAAUGCGUCAACCGUCGUCACACUGACACCGCCGCCUGAAAAGGAUAUCAAGGAAAUCAAAUUGGAUCCAAAACAAACCACCCUGCUGGCUCAGGGCAAGGAAAAUAUUCCCCUCUUCGAUGAGAAGCCAAUUUUCCUGGAAAAGCCAAUAGUUGUACCGCCACGAUCGCCCGAAGUGAUAGAUCUCGAGAACGAAAGCGAUUCAAGUAGGGACAAAAUUAUCAUUCCCAGUUUCAAGAGGCAAAAACUGGAAAUAUUACGCGAAGGCGGAUUGGAAGUGACAGCGGUCGAUUCGCGACCGAGUGUCAUUCAGCCGAAUUCAACAACGCCUUCGCCCACUAAUGUCAAGUCUGAAGAAAAACCCCUCGUUUCCUUAUCGCAAAUCACGGCGCCAUCGAUACCGAAACUCAUCUCCGUCACGGUGACACCCGACAUUGGUCACAUACUUCCGUCAUCUCAGGAGAAUCACAAUCAUCACAAUCACCAUCACCACCAACAACAACAACAGCAGCAACAACAUCACGUCAAGCAUCAAACACCAACGAAACAAUCCACAAAUCACAAUUCAAAUAGUACCUCACCCGUCAGUCGUGUCAUCAACCUUGGGAACUCGAACGCAGCCCUAAUGCAACUCUACGCAAAUGCAAACGUUGCCGUCUCGAAUACAACAUCAACAACAACGACGACAACAACGCAAUCCUCGAAUCACCGAUUCGUGCCGCCUGUCAUCGCAAACGGACGUGCCGUCCCUCCCAGGGUCACGCAAUCCCGAUCGAUAUUCGCACACAACGAGAAAAUGGUCUACGGUAAUCCCAAGGACAUUCUCACCACCCAAAAAUAUCUACCUCCAGUCGUUGCCGUUCAAACAACCCCACCGCCACCAUCGCCAUCGCCAAGAAACGAGUGCCUACCAACCGGCGUUCUCGAUCUCACCCAAAAACAACAACCAACCUUCUUCAGGCCUAGCUUAGAAAUCGUUCGCGUUCCCGUUGUCCCCCGACCAAAUCCCAUUGAUUUCGAUACAAGAAAUUCGCACAACAAAUCAUCAUCAUCACCGCGAAAGGAGCAAUUUCCAAAUUAUCCCACACUCCUCGACACACGGACAAUGGCCUCAAAUAAUCUCGAAAUAACACUCGUUAAUCCAAAAAAACAGCAUUCCAAUUCACCCCUACCAAGUCCAACCUCAAGGAAUUGCAUACCAAUUCAAAGGAGACAAUUAAACGGCAAAUAUCCAGUGAGAACCGAACCCGUCUCACCCUACACGCCACGUAAACCAAUAAUACCGAAUGUACCGAAUUUAAGUCAAUUAAAUUCCUCAACAUCAAGAUCGAAUAGCACAACAACUCAAUUAUCAUCGAUCGAUAAAAGAAAAACACCCGAUUUACAUCGUCGCAUUAGCGAAGGUGAUAAAAAUCAACAAAUCGAUAAACAUGGCAAUGAUUCAUCAACAACACGUAGGCACAGUGUACCAAAUCCACCAACGGGUUUUGUUCCAAAUAUGACGCAAAAUGCCUCGUCAUUUCUCGCACAAUUGCCGAAUAAUCCGGGGAAAUUUCUACCUAUGAUUGAUCCAAUUUAUUAUCCGGCAUUGUACAAUGGUUUCUUUCCACCGCCAAUGUCAACGGCAACAACUGCUCCUUUUCUAUCGCCUGAAUUUAACGCUUAUUACAAGGAACUACUGGCAUCCUCUUCACAAUCAAGACUGGGGAUCGCGGGACAGACACCAACUGUUCCAACGUCCAAGUAGAUGGCGGAUCUCAAUUUUUAGGAUUAUCAAUCGACGAUUGAACGGGUCAUCGUGUGAUGAUGUUGAUAAGGAUAAAAUACCUUUUUUAAACAAAAAAAAUGUCGAGGUACGAACUCUCGCUGUGUAGCUAUUUUUUAGGGCAAAAAUGUUGGAAUUUUCUUCUCCCACGAUUGGGUUUCGAAAAGAAGAAUCAUUUAGUUUGAUGGCGCAUGAUUUGUGUCGAAAUUUUUAUUUAUGGUUUAAUGUUGAAAGUGUUUUUUUUUUGAGAAUUGAAUUUUCGAAUUAAGAAACGGAAGUUUCGAGUUUUCGAAUUAGAAAAGUUUUGAGUUUUUACAUUGAACGAAAAUUCGAGUUUUCAAAUUAGGAAAGAAAAAUUCGAGAAUUCAAAUUAAAAAGAGGAAAGUUUGAGGUUUCAAAUUGAAGAAAAAUUCCAGUUAUCAAUUUAAGAAACAAAAAUUCGAGUUUUCAA